AUGUUUGCUCCUGCAGUGAUGCAAGCUUUGCGCAAGAACAAGACGCUUCGCUAUGGAGUCCCCAUGUUGUUGCUGAUCGUUGGAGGCUCUUUUGGUCUUCGUGAGUUUUCACAAAUUCGCUAUGAUGCUGUGAAGAUUAAAAUUGAUCCUGAAUUGGAAAAAAAACUGAAAAUGAAUAAAGUGUCAUUGGAGUCAGAGUAUGAGAAAAUAAAGGACUCCACUUUUGAAGAUUGGAAGAACAUUCGAGGACCCAGACCUUGGGAAGAUCCUGAACUCCUCCAAGGACAAAAUCCAGAAAUCCUUAAAACUAAGACAACCUGA